CCUCCGCCCCCACAAAGACCCCAGCUUCCAUCCCCUCCACGCGCGUCGCCGCCGUCUCCGUCCCCGUUCUCCCUUGCCGGGGCAUCGCGUUCUUGCUGUCUCCACCAAAUCCCAGUUUUUUGGUCACUGGGUUUUUAGGGAUGAGGUUUUCUUCAUCCAGCGAUUAGUGAAAUUCCACUGACCUUCACAAUUUCUGGGUGUGCCGGGGCACACCCAGCACACCACUAGAUCCGCCCCUCACCUAUGGGGAGCACUGGUGACCCCGAUCGGAAGCGGCGCCUCUCCGGCUCCUUUGCGCAGGGCGUGGAUACGGUAUCCCCUGCCAAGCGCCCAGCGCUUCCGCCUUGCUCCGACGACAAGAAGCUUGAUUUUGCUGUACUCAAAUAUAGAAAUAAGAAGCUUUCGGAACAACUAGAAGUCCAUAAAUUUGAAUACCAAGCCCUCGAGGGUAAAUUUGAUGAUCUAACACAGAGGCAGAGGGCUCACCACGAGACACAAGAUCUGGUUAAUAAGUCUUGGGAGCAUCUUGUGAGAGAUUUGAAGGCUCUUUCUGUUUGCAAAAGUGGACCCCAAAAUUCUCCUGGCGGUACAGGUCCUAGCAACAUUCCUUCGGAUGGCGCAUGCAUCUCAAAAGACCAGGACUUCCUUAGCAGAAUCACUGAGACAGGUGCCACAGAAAGCUCUGGUUGCAAUUUGGAAAACCAUAUACACUCUACUGAUGUGUUGCAGAACGUCUUGUUAUCAUCAACUGAUUCCUGGCAUGCAAAUAAGAAGUCCCCGUUGGAUCUCUUUGCUGCAUUACCUGAAAAUGAGUGCAGUAGGGAACUGCGAACUACUGCUAGUGAGCUAUCGGUAGAGCUUAAUGAUGCCAUACAAGCUUUAAGUGAUCUCCACUUGAAGCACAGGCAGCUGACAGAGAAGCACCACAAUCAGAAAUAUUUAAAUGCUCGACGCAAAGCUGAACAGAAACGCCUUAAAGAGGAGUUGGCAAAUGCUGUUGCCGAGUUGGAAGAAAGCAACCACAAAUUGGCAGUCCUCAAAGCACAGGGAGACACUACGCAUGGAACUCCAAUCUUCUUUCCAACUUUAGGAAAUAAAAACAUGCCUGGGGAUAAUCUCCGAGACAAACAAAAGGAGUUGCAGGAUCUAGAGGCCUGUCACAAAGAGUUCACGGAUCUGACCUCACAGCGUCUAGUGGAAAUUAGGAGACUUCACGAAGAGAGAAUUGAAAUUUUGAACAAGUUGGCUACUUUUCAGAACACUUUGACGGAUUUGAAGACCAUUUCUUCUUCAAAAGCUUUCCAAGUUCUGAAGGAUCAACUCAAAAAGUCGCAAGCAGAGUUGGACCAUUACCGGGCACUACUAGAGAAAUUGCAGGUUGAUAAGGAUAAAUUGAUAUGGCAAGAAAGGGAAAUUAAUGUAAAAGUUGAUCUAGCUGCGAUUCCUCAUAGGGUUUCUGUGAAUUGUGAGUCAAGCAUUGCAAUUUUAGAACAGAAUCUGCGGAAAGUAGUUGAUGAAAAGAAUAUGCUUGCGGUGAAACUCGAAGAAACUUUGAGAGAACCUGGCCGGAACCAAAUAAUAUCAGAAUUUAAAGCGCUGGUGUCAUCAUUGCCAAGAGAAAUGGGUGCUAUGCAAACUGAACUGUCCAAGUACAAGGAUGAUGCUUCAGAAUUGCACUCAUUGCGAGCCGAACUUCACUCCCUUUCUGAUAUUCUGACAAGAAAGGAGCAUGCUAUCAAUGAAUCAUUAUGUAGAUCAGCUCGUGCUGGGUCUGAAAUAAGGGAUCUACAGUCCAGGGUUUGUGAACUAAGGCAAACGAAUUGCGAGUUGAAGCUCUUUGUGGAAAUGUAUAAGCGCGAAUCUACUGAUUCUAGAGAUGUGCUGGAGUCCAAAGAUAGAGAAUACUGUGAAUGGGCUUAUGUCCAGAGCCUCAAAUCUUCUCUUGAUGAGAGUAGGCUAGAACAGCGUGUUAAGGCAGCCAAUGAAGCUGAAGCAAUGUCUCAGCAGAGACUAGCAAGUGGUGAAGCUGAGAUUGCUGAAUUAAGGGGGAAGAUGGACAGUGACAGAGGGGAUAUUGGUAAUUUAUCUGAAUUGCUGAAAUCAAAACACGAGGAAGGUGAAUCUUACCUGUCAGAGAUCGAGAGUAUUGGACAAGCAUAUGAAGAUAUACAAACACAAAAUCAACAAUUGCUACAGCAAAUUAUUGAGAGAGAUGAUCACAAUACAAAGAUCUUUAUGGAAGGUGUUAAAGCGAAACAGGCGCAGGACACUUUGCAUUUAGAGGUAUGCAGCUUGAGCAGGAAUUUACGGCAGGCAAAGAGCUUGAUGGAUCUCUACAGAGAGAAAAUUGCUCAGUUAGAUGAGAAGUUAAAAGUUUGGUCAGAGAUGGUAGGGAGACUUUCAGAGGAUGGACGGAGACAUUCUGGUUCUUUGGGCAAUGCUCAAAGAAAACUGGCGGAUGUACAGGGAGAGGCUCAACAGUUGAGGAAGUCAAUGGAUCAAGUACAAGACAAGGUUGCAAGCAGUCGAUUGGAAAUGGCUGGGCUGCUUGUAGAAUUAGAGAAGGACAGGUUUAGUAAGAGAAGAAUUGAGGAUGACUUGGAACUGAUGUCAAGGCAAGCCUGUUCUCUUAGAGCAAAGGCAGAGGCAUCAUCAGUGCUGGAUAAGGUUCAGCAGGAGGUCAAUGAGUACAGGGGGAUACUGAAGUGUGGUGUCUGUCGCGACCGACAGAAAGAGGUUGUGAUUACGAAGUGCUACCAUCUUUUCUGCAAUGACUGUAUACAGAAAUUACUCAGAAAUCGUCAGCGAAGAUGUCCUUCCUGUGGAUUAUGCUUCGGUGCUAAUGAUGUGAAGCCGAUUUAUAUAUGAUGCUGCAGUGGCAGCUGUCGCCUGUCGCGGGGCAUCUAGGACAAGUGACUUAAUGCCUGCUCGUUUGGCGUGCUUGGUGGCAUGAUCCUUGAGUCGGAAAUGUAGCUUAACUUACCGAAUUUCCGCAAGGAGGCACAUGCCCGAGGCUUAUGCUGUGCCAGUAUGGCUUCCCGCUCCGUUGUAAAGUGUGGAGUUUUCUUGUUGGAAUAGCUGCUAGUCUUAGCCUGCAUAUACAUUCUAUAAGUCUGUUUGACAGAUCCAAGGAAGAGAAGUUAGUGGUUCCAAAAACAUACCAUAGAUUGUACUAUAUAUAGUUUGUAGAUCCUUUUUUGUUGUAGCUGAUGAUAUUAAGUAUGUAGGUUUUGGCUGUCCGACUCAGCUUGUACCCUGUACAUCUUCCGUGGUUUUUGUUCAUAGAGAAAUGCAGUCAGUUGCAGAAUUGGCAAGCA